AUGGUUGAAGCGAAGAAAAUCGAUUUUCUGAAACUACCGCCGCCGAUAAUUUUGCAGAUUUUCCGCGAGUGUGAAGUCGAAAAUUUGGAGAAUAUCUCGCUCACUUGUAAAAUUGUCAAACAGUUCGUCGACGUGAAUCGCCGUUUGCUGCCGGCAAAAAAGAUCUACCAUAUCGAUUUGGAUCGUCGACGAAUUCGAGCUUGGCGUAGUCUUUCGUGGUGCGAUCGCAUUCCAUUCUUGUCGCUCGAAUAUAUUUCCAAAUUUUUUUGCAAUGUUCACGCGAAGGUUUUGACGGUAAACACGCUCGAUGAAGAAUUGACAGCAUUUCUGAUCGAUCAGGCCGCUAAUCAUAAUUUUCGAUUCGAGCAGUUGAGAUUAUUUCAUGAGCUUCACUCAAGCCAUGAAAGCAUUUCUCAACUUCUCCAAUAUGCUGAUUGUGAUGCCGUCAAUUUCGAAGCGGUGCCAAGCCAAUUGAAAAAAGAGCACCUUCAACUAGCUGGCUAUAAAAAUUUGCAUUCGCUGUGCUUCGAAAUGGAUAACACUAUCGGAGAUGAUUUGUUUGAUGGCGUUUUGGAGAAUACGCAUAUCACCAAGUUCAUAUUUCACGGAUGCAAUCAGAUCACUCCGGAAUUUAUAAGGAAACUCUUCCAGCUUUGGAGUCGCGGUCUUCGCAAAAUCGAUUGCCUUCGAAUUACGACAGAUCAGUCAAUUUCGUUUUCAAGCAUCGUCGAAGGCCUCCCAAUUGAGCAAAUCAAUCAUUGCACUUGGCUUUUAAUUAAUGAGGAGAAGGAGAAAGGAAUGAUCACAAUGCGCCGAAAUAAUUAUCAUUUUUUCAUUGCGUUGGAGGUCAAUAGCCCCGUUGAGAAUAUCUUAUACAAAAUUCCCAUCAAUGAAUCGUUUGGCGAAAUGCCACCCGCCAACGGAUCGCCGUGGGCGAUCUUACUAAUAAUUCUACUAACCACAACAACAAUACCAUCGGCGUACUCGCAAGUGUUGACGCCGUCGCAAAUCACGAUAUCGCAUCGAAAGCCGAUCACCGCGACGGCGACGUGCGGAGAAAUCAAUGGGCAACCGGUGAACGAAGUGUAUUGCUCGCUGACCGGCUCGACACAAUACACACCGCUGACGUCGUACUCGUAUCAGGAGGAGGAUGUCUAUGGCGCCGGAAUGCUGCAGGAGAUGCGCAAUCCAAGAGAAGCUUUCGUUCAAGGCGGACAUGGAUGCGGACACUGUAUGGCCGGCACCAUCAACGCGCAUCCCGCCUCGAAUAUGGUCGAUGGAAAUAAUAGCUGGUGGAUGUCGCCGCCAUUGUCGAGAGGCCUUCAUUUCAAUCAAAUCAACAUCACCAUUGAUUUGGAGCAGGAGUUCCAUGUCGCUUACGUUUGGAUCCAAAUGGCGAACAGCCCGCGUCCAGGCAGUUGGGUGUUGGAACGGUCGACGGAUCACGGAAAAACGUACAAGCCAUGGUUCAAUUUCGCCGAGAAUCCCGCCGAGUGCGCGAGACGCUUCGGAAUGGAAUCGUUGUCGCCUAUAUCCGAUGACGAUUCGGUUGUGUGCCGAACUGACAUGGCCAGUUUGCAGCCGCUUGAGAAUGCCGAGAUGGUCAUUCGGAUUCUUGAACAUCGUCCGAGUAAGCUUCAAUUCGCCACGUCGGAAGCGCUGCAGAACUUCACGCGCGCCACCAACAUUCGGCUUCGUCUUCUCGGCACCCGCACACUUCAGGGCCAUUUGAUGGACAUGAAUGAGUGGCGAGAUCCGACGGUGACUCGACGCUACUUCUACGCGAUCAAGGAGAUCAUGAUUGGCGGACGGUGCGUGUGCAACGGUCACGCCGUCACAUGCGACAUUCUCGAUCCGAAGCGUCCGCGAUCGUUGUUGUGCCGUUGCGAGCACAACACGUGCGGCGACAUGUGCGAACGCUGCUGUCCCGGAUUCGAACAGAAGAAAUGGCAGCCGACGACGGCGCAUAACAAUUUCACGUGCGAGCCCUGCAACUGCUUCGGUCGUUCCAAUGAGUGCGUCUACGAGGAAGAGCUCGACAUCAACAAGCAGUCGCUGGAUAUUCAUGGCAACUAUGAAGGUGGUGGCCGCUGCUUGAACUGUCGGUUCAACACCGAGGGCAUCAACUGCAAUCAGUGCUCGUAUGGCUAUUAUCGUCCAGAAGGUGUCUCCUGGGAAGAGCUUCAACCAUGCCAGGCGUGCGAUUGCGAUCCAGCGAAACAUACUGGCGCGUGUGCCGAAGGAACCGGAAAAUGCGAGUGUCAGCCGCGAUUCACCGGCGAGAAUUGCGAUCAAUGCGCGUCGGGCUACUACGAUCCGCCCGAGUGCAAACCGUGCGAGUGUUUCGUCAACGGAACCGUUGGCGACGUCUGCUUGCCGGUCGAUGGUCAGUGUCCGUGCAAACCGGGAUUCGGCGGCACGUUCUGCGAGACGUGCGAGGCGGGCUUCACGAAUGUGACGGCUGGAUGUGUUAGUUGCGUUUGCGACGAGAACGGCUCGGAAAAUUCGAAUUGCUCGGCGACGACCGGACAGUGCGAGUGUAAAACGGCGUACGCCGGACUGAGUUGCGACAAAUGCCAAGUAGGAUACUAUGGUGACAACAAGAAUUGCACGUUCUGUAAUUGCGAUCCGAUGGGAACCGAAGGCGGCAUUUGCGAUCAAACGACCGGACAGUGCCUCUGCAAAGAAGGAUUCGCCGGCGAGAAGUGCGAUCGAUGCGACAUCGCGUUCUACGGAUACCCGAAUUGCAAACCGUGCGGUUGCGAUGGCGCCGGCACAACGUCGCCGGAAUGCGACGAGACAUCGGGACAGUGUCCGUGCACUGGCAACUUCACUGGAAGGACGUGUGACAAGUGCGCUGCCGGAUUCUACAACUAUCCGGAAUGUCAGGCUUGCGAAUGCUUACUCGCUGGUGCCAAAGGACAGACAUGCGAUGGCAACGGACAAUGUUAUUGCAAAGGGAACUUUGAUGGAGAACGAUGCGAUCGAUGCAAGCCGAACUUCUACAACUUCCCGACGUGCGAAGAGUGCAAUUGCAAUCCGUCGGGAGUCACUCGCGACUUUCAGGGCUGCGACAAAGUCUCGCCGGGCGAGUUGUGCUCGUGCCGCAAACACGUCACCGGAAGAAUUUGCGAUCAGUGUAAACCGUCGUAUUGGGACCUUCAAUAUCAUCACGAGGAUGGAUGUCAAAGUUGCAACUGUAACAUCAACGGAACACUGUCUGGAUUGAACACCUGCGACCAGAAGACUGGACAGUGCCUUUGUAAGAAGAACACGGCUGGCCAACGAUGCGAUCUGUGUGCUGAUGGAUUCUACCGACUCAACAGCUUCAAUCAAUUGGGAUGCGAGCCGUGCCAUUGCGACAUUGGAGGAGCACUUCGCGCCGAGUGCGACAUCAACUCGGGACAAUGCAAAUGUCGACCGCGAAUCACUGGACUCCGAUGCAAUCGUCCGAUUGAGAAUCACUACUAUCCGACGCUUUGGCACAAUCAGUAUGAAGCUGAAGACGCGCACACCGAAGAUAUGAGGCCGGUUCGGUUUGCGGUUGACGCGCAACAAUUUGCGAAUUUCUCGUGGCGCGGCUACGCGGUGUUCUCGCCGAUUCAGGAGAAGAUCCUCAUCGACAUCGAUAUUCAUAAGGCGUCGGUCUAUCGUUUGCUCUUCCGCUAUGUCAAUCCGACGAAGGUGCCGAUCACCGCCGUCGUCGCCAUCGCCCCACGAUUCACGCAUACGAACGAUGUCGAACAAUCGUCGAAGGUGACGUUCCCGAUUGGACCCGAGCCGUCAUUCGUCGAGGUCACCGUUGACGGCAAGCCGUUCGUGUUGAAUCCCGGAAAAUGGACGUUGUCGAUAUCCACUAAGCAACGAUUGUUCCUUGAUUACAUCGUUGUGCUGCCAGCGGAAUACUACGAGGGUCAAGUGUUGCGUCAACGAGAUCCGCCGCCGUGCGAGGCGCACAGCACGAAAAACUCGACAUGCGUCGAUCUCCUCUACCCGCCGAUUCCGUCCGGCGCCGGACGCGUUGACGUCGACAUCGACAAUGUGCCAUUCGUCUAUGUGAACGAUGAUGGUUCGACGACAACGUUGGAAUUGGUGCCCGUCGAGAUACUCCCGUCGGAGAUCACCGGACCGGCGGCGUUCGUUCGCGCCGACAACAAGAGUCGAAUUGUUGAGGCGAAAAUCGCGGUGCCCGACGACGGCGACUAUGUCAUGGUGGUCGAAUACCACAACAGAGAUGAGACCGACGGACGUGUGGCGGUGGAUUUGUCGCAAGACGGUGUCAAGGUGAUGGAUGGCAGCGUGGUGAUUCAUCAUUGUCCAUAUGCAACAUUUUGUCGUGAGCUCGCCACUACUAAUGGUGUCAUUCCGCACAUUCCGUUGAAGAAGGGCGAAGCUGUGAUUCAACUCGAGACCGAGCCCAACCAUGAGUUUGGACUCGCCGCUGUCAAUUUGUUCAAAACGUCUGACUAUAGCGACAAGUACCUUCAACAGGUGCCCGUGUGCAUUCGCAAAGAUGGCCGAUGCGUGCCGCAAAGCUAUCCGCCGGCGGCCGACUCGGUCACCACCGAAGCCGAAUCCGGCGCCAACAUGGACAAAUCGAUAAUGGGCGACAAGCUCUCGUUCCCGAUUGCCCGCUCGAAAGAGGUUCGAGUGGUUCCUUUGGAUGAUGCUCAGAGUACUGUGGAGAUUACCGGAGUGGUCCCAUCGCGCGGACACUACAUGUUCCUUGUGCACUACUUCAAUCAAGACAACACGCCGGUGGAUGUCGACGUGCUGCUCCAGAACGAGCACUACUUCCAGGGUGAUACAUGCAGCACACACGCAUGUUCUAGCGUGCCGUUCGCCUAUUGCCCGUCGGUUAGCGGAUGCCGCGCAUUGAUUCGUGACAAGGAGCGUCCGGAUAUCAUUCAGUUCUUCAUGGAGGAUAAAUACUCGGCGACGCUCUACUUCAACAACACGCAGAAGGGUCCGAUUUAUAUCGAUUCGAUCACCGCGGUGCCGUACAACUCGUUCUCGCAAAAGCUCAUGGAGCCGUUGGCUCUCGAUUUGUCGUCGGAAUUCAUCAAAGAAUGCUCGAGCGAGUAUUUCCGCAAUCAUCCUGACGAGGCGAGCGAGUUUUGCAAAUCGAAAAUUUUCGCGUUGACGACCGACUUCAACUCGGCAGCGCUUUCCUGCGAUUGCGUCGCUCAGGGUUCCGAGUCGUUCCAGUGCGCCGAAUACGGUGGACAGUGCAAGUGUAAACCGAAUGUGAUUGGAAGACGAUGCGAGCGAUGCCAGCCGGGCUACUACAACUAUCCGGAAUGCAUUAAAUGCCAAUGCAACGCCGGACAGCAGUGCGAUGAGCGAACCGGACAGUGCUAUUGCCCGCCGCACGUCGAGGGCCAGACGUGCGACAAGUGUGUGAACAACGCGUUCGGCUAUGAUCCGCUGAUUGGAUGCCAAAAGUGCGGAUGCCAUCCGCAAGGCUCCGAAGGCGGCAAUCUCGUGUGCGACGCCGAAUCGGGACAAUGUCUGUGUCGCGAGAACAUGGGCGGCCGACAAUGCGAUCGCUGUUUGGCUGGAUUCUACGGCUUCCCGCAGUGCUACAAGUGCUCGUGCAAUCGCGACGGCACCACCGACGAGAUUUGCGAUGCGACGAACGCGCAAUGCAAAUGCAAGGAGAACGUCUACGGCGGUCAGUGCGAGGCGUGCAAAGCGGGAACGUUCGAUCUGUCGUCGGAGAAUCCGUUGGGUUGCAUCAAUUGCUAUUGUUUCGGCGUUACCGCCAGCUGUCGAUCGAGCAUGUUCCCGGUGUCGAUCAUGUCGGUUGACAUGGCCGCGUUUUUGACUACCGACGACAGUGGAAUGGUUGACAAUAAGGACGACACGGUGGUGUACACGUCGGAGGAGACAUCACCGCCUUCGGUGUACUUUAGAGUUCCGAUUAAUGAAGGCGCCGAUUACACGACGAGCUACGGUUUGAUGUUGACGUUCAAGUUGUCGACGAGCCCGAGAGCCGACAAGAAGCGCAAGAUGAGCGCCGAAGCCGAUGUGAAGCUGACCGGCGCGAACAUCACAAUUAAUUAUUGGGCGCCCGAACAGCCGGCGAAUCCUGAAGAGCAGUUUAGUGUUCGAUGCAAACUUGUGCCAGAGAAUUUCCUGAAUGCCGAAGGCAAACCGGUGACGCGUGAGGAAAUGAUGAAGGUGCUUCAUUCGCUUCAGAAGGUCCUCCUCAAAGCCUCGUACUUCGAGUACCCGAAAACCGCGACGCUCUAUGAGUUCGGAUUGGAGAUCUCGGAUCCGAAUGGAGCUCAAUCGGUCAUCAAGGCAUCGUCGGUUGAGCAGUGUCAAUGUCCGGCGCCGUACACGGGACCAUCUUGUCAAUUGUGCGCCUCAGGAUAUUAUCGCGUCCAAUCGUCGAACAGCUAUCUUGGCGCUUGUGUGCCGUGCGAAUGCAACGGGCAUUCGGGAACGUGCGACCCUGACACUGGCAUCUGUACGGAUUGCGAGCACAACACGCAUGGCGAUCAUUGCGAGUUCUGCGACGAAGGACACUACGGAAAUGCGACGAAUGGAAGCCCGUAUGAUUGUGUCGCGUGCCCGUGCCCGUUCGCGCCGGAAAAUAAUUUCGCCAAGUCAUGCGAGGUCACCGAAGAGGGACAACUUCUUCAGUGCAACUGCAAGCCGGGAUACACUGGCGAUCGAUGCGAUCGAUGCGACGCCGGCUUCUUCGGGCAACCGCAACUGCCGGGUGGAUCAUGCGAACCAUGCCAGUGCAACGGAAACAACAAUCUGACGGAUUCGCGAGCGUGUCAUCCUGUCAGCGGCGACUGCUAUCUGUGCGAGAGCAACACCGAUGGACGACAUUGCGAAUGGUGCGCGGCUUGGUAUUAUGGAGACGCGAUUUCGGCGAGAAACUGCACGACGUGCGCGUGCGACCAGUGCGGCUCGUCGUUCUGCGACAAUCGCAACGGCGGAUGCGAGUGUAAGCCGAAUGUGGAAGGCGACAAGUGCGAUCGAUGCAAGCCGGACCAUUGGGGAUUCUCGAAGUGUCGCGGUUGCGAUCCGUGCUAUUGCGGAAAAGCGGCGUUCAACACGCAAUGCAACAUGGAGACGGGACAGUGCACGUGUCGGCCUGGAGCCGCUGGAAUGCGAUGCGAACAAUGCGAGCAUGGCUAUUGGAACUAUGGAGAGCACGGAUGUGAUAAAUGCGAUUGUGAGUCUGACUUGUCGAUGGGAACGGUUUGCGAUGUUCGAACUGGACAAUGCCAUUGUCAGGAAGGGGCUACCGGAAACCGAUGCGAUCAAUGCCUACCGACAUAUCUCAGAAUCCCGACACUUGGAUGCAGACGAUGCGAUGAAUGUGUUCAUCAUCUGAUCGGCGACGUCGACAAUCUCGAGCUCGAAAUCGACGUUCUCGGAACGGCGAUCAACAACAUCUCGGCGGCGACGAUUGUCGGCGCCCGGCUCGCCCGCAACCGAAAGGAUUACAACGAGACGCACGAAAUUGUGAAAUUGAUUAGCAAUGAGGACAGCUCGUAUGGAAAUCUGUUUGGCGACGCCCAUGAGAUUGCCGUCAACACGACACAGAUCACGCUGAGAGCGAAUCGCACCAACAAUCUGCUCAAGAAUUCGCUGCGGCGAACGAAUGUUGUCAGUGACAACGGCACCGUGUUGUAUCGGGAUGUGCUGAGAGACGCGCAACGCGCUCGCGACAGUGUUCGCGCGCUUGCCGACCUCGCGUUGGCCAUUGGAAGCUCGUCGAAAGCGGUUCAUGCCGAUCCGAGAUUGAUCAAAGAGGCCGAAGACACCCUUAUGACAUUGGAAGCGACGUCAGCUGAUCCGUAUCCUGAGAAGGCCGAAAACGUGCCGAAGAAGCUUGAAACGAUUCAAAAGAAGAUUGAGGCUGAGAAUCGGCGAUUGGAGGCGCAACGCGAGCUGCUUGACGGGCAACAGAAGCGCGCUGACGAGCUGGCGGCGUAUUUGAACAGCGCUCAGCAGCUUUUGAAAGAGGCCAAGUCGAAGGGCGACAAGGUCAAGAGGCUUGUCAACAGCUUGCAAGUCUCGAGAGUUGAGACACUCGUUGCAGCAAUUAAUGCCGAUAUGGAGAAGCUCGACAUGAUCAAAUCCGAGUUCCAGAAGAUCAAUGUUGCUAUUGGCAACGUCUCCGUGUCGUUCCGCGAUGAGAUUGAAGCGAUUCAACACGCCAUCAGCAACAUCAACGAGACGCGCGUCGAGUUGGCGGAAGCGAAAGAGAUUGCGGGUCGCGUGAAACGCGAAGACAAUGAGGAGCGUCAGCGGAUGCUCGAUGAGAAGAAUGCGGAACUCGAGAAGCAGGCGAAGGCGAUUAGCGACGCGUUCGAGGCGACGCGGCGACAGGCGGCCGACGCGAUGGAAGCGGCGACGUCCUAUUCGGAUUUGGCGUCGAUGUUGCGCAACGCGAAAGUCAAAGCCGAGAAUGCGAUGAGCAUUUGGGCGACCGAAGAGGAGCCGGUGAAGAAUGUGGAGGGCGAUGUUGCGAAUGCUUUGAACAUCUCGACGAUUUCUCAUCAGAAGGUUAAGGACAUUCGCGAUGGGCCGACGUCUUCAUUGAGCAAGGAACUAACGGAAGCGAAGAGAGCCGUUGACAAGUUGUCGGACUUUGUCGACGGUUUGAGAAAGCGCAAAGAUCGUUUGCCGAAACUCGCGACGCUGUUCAAUGAGACGGUUGUGAAGGGUGUCGAGGAGAAGAUCGCUCGAAUCAACGCGAUCAAGGCGGAAGUUGACGCGGCGAUGGCCGACAUCAACGAUCGCGUUUCGGAGCUCGGCGAAAAGACGGCCGAAGUGUCGGAACGCUACAAUAGCGCUCGCGAGGCGGUGAUAAUGGGCAAGGCGACGGUGAAACAACUCAAAGACAUUGUUCCGCAGCUCAUCGCGAAGGCGAAAGAGUUGAAGAAGAGCACACGAUUGGGAGUGGCCGAAUCGUACGAGGAGCGCGUCGCGCAAAUACGCGAGAUGAUCGCGGUGGCGCGCGACAAAGCGAAUCGCAUAAAACUCGGCGCGCAUUUCGAGCGCGGCUCGUCGCUCAAUUUGAACAUUGCGCAACGCGUUUCGCGAUCCGCCGCCCACACUGAUUUGUCGUUCUACUUCAGAACUGAGCAGGAGCACGGCAUUCCGCUAUUCUUUGGAAAUGAGGAGAGCGCGAUUGGAAGUCGUGCGGUGCCUACCGAUGACUUCAUCGCGGUUGAAAUCGAAUAUGGCAAGCCGAAGGUUACUGUUGAUCUUGGAGAUGCGCCCGUCGUUGUUCGUCUUGACACGAUUGUUUCGGACAAUCAAUGGAGGAAGAUUCACAUCGAGCGAAUCGGAAAGACGCUCAAUUGCACGCUGUCGAAGGCGAACAGCGAGGAGACGGCCGAAUCGAAGUCGGCGGUCGCCGCCGGCAACAAGAGCGUGCUGAACAUGCAUCAGCAAAUCUCGAAGAUGUUUGUCGGCGGUGUUCCGGCGACGUCGAGAAUCUCGCGACACGUGCACAAUCGCGAGUUUGUCGGCGACAUUGAGCAAUUGAAGUUGCACGGCGAGCCGCUCGGAUUGUGGAAUUCGCGCGCGAACGGCACGAUUCGUGUCGACGGCGCGAUCAAAAAGCCGAAGUUCUCGAAUAAUCGCGACGAGGUGUCGAUAUCGCUUGACGGUCACGGCUACGUGACGUACAAGCCGAGCCAUUGGAAUCCGCGAAAGAUCACGAAGAUCUCGUUGUCGUUUUUGACGUUCUCGCCGGAUGGAUUGUUGUUCUACAUUGGCAAAGAGCGCGAUUUUAUGGCUUUGGAGCUCACAUCGGGCGCCGUCAAACUCUCAGUGGAUCUCGGAUCGGAAGUGGCUCAGUGGAAUAGCGAGUCGGCGGAAUUCAACGACGGAAAAUGGCAUACUGUCACUAUUGUUCGCGAAGAGAAGCAUGUCAAAAUGCAAAUCGAUGAGUCGGAAUCGAUUGAGGGCGAUGUUGCCGGAAAGGACACUGAAAUGAGUGUGACCGAUGAGCUGUUUAUUGGCGGUGUGCCGAAUGGUGUCAAUGUUCGCACGACGGUGGUGCCGUUGCGCGGAUGCAUCAAACGCGUCCGAUUGGGAUCCGACGAGGUUGAUCUUGAAUCGAGCGAGGUCUCGAAGGGAGUCCGAUCGGGAUGCCCGAUUAACACUGUGCGAACGGUUAGCUUCCUUUCGGAACGAACGACGGCUUCGUUCAACAAUGUGACGAAGGGUGCUGAAGACGUCUCGGUGACGUUCAAAUUCAAGACGAGGUCCAUCGCCGGACCGAUGACGUUCUUCACGAUUGUUGACGAUGAGGACGCGGUUUUGUCGAUGUCGGUGGAUGUUGGCGGCAUCAUCACGGUGAACAGCGGUGAUGAUUCGGCCGAAUUGGAGCUUGCCGCUUCCGGCGACGAACGAUGGCACUAUGUGUCGAUACGCAAGACGAAGCACAUGAUACGAAUCGACGCUGAUGAUUCGUUCAGCAAUGAGAUUGCUCGAAAACACGCGGACGACUCGAACGCCGACUCGCCGAUCUCGGUGCACUUUGGACGGCAUCCGAGGGAUUCGAGUGUGAACGCGUUCGCCGGUUGCGUUGGCGACGUCACCGUGAACGGAAUACUAUUGGAUUUCGCGAAAGCCGAGAGGAAUGAGAUCGCGCUGAAUGGUUGCUCGCUGAGAGACGAUGAAGUUGUGAUAGCGAUGGCGAUUUCGACGGCGACACCCAAGGUGACGACAACGAUGGCGACGAUGACAUCAACGACGACGACGAUGGAGCCGAUGACGACGUCGUCAAAUGAGAUUGAGGAGAUUGUCACCGAAUCGCCGACGGAACCGCCGCAGGUGGUGGACACUAUCCAGCCGGGUGGUGCCAUCGAACCGGUGCCGAUUAGAUUUGCGACUCCUGACGGCUCUUGCGCUCUAUCGCAGACACCGUUCGGCGAAAUCGCCGACGCCGAUGGCUACAAUUUCGGAACCCAGGCGAACAGUCGAAUCGAGUACGCCGUUCUGCCGGAGGCCGUCGACAAGCGCGGCGAGUUCACGUUCAAAAUUCGUCCGACCGGAUUGUCGGGCAUCGUGUUCAUCGCGACGAACAAGCGGACCGAUCAUAUUGCUGUGAUGCUCGACAACGGCCGAGUGGUGUUCACGUUCGAUUCGGGUUCGGGUCAGGUGCUCAUCCGCUCCGACGCAUCGAUACUCGAUGGCCGUUGGCAUACGAUCAAGGCAUCGCGACGCGGCAACUCGGCGCAUUUGAUUGUCGACGAUAGCUCGUUUGAGAACGAGCCGGCGGCCGGCGCGCACGAGGAUCUCAUCGAAAUGCUUCCGCCGUUCUACGUCGGAGGUGUGCCGACUGAAUUGGCGGGACAUGUCAGGACAUUGCUUCCGGGCGUUCGCGCGCAAUUCAGCGGUUGCAUCAAAGACUUCCGAUUGAACGGCAAAACACUGGAAGGCGGCAAAGAGUUUGGCGUCGAGCAAUGCUCGAAGUUCACCGAGAACGGAAUGUAUUUCGGAAAAGACGGCGGCUAUGCGAUAAUGGACAAUGAGUAUCACGUUGGCGACACGUUCGGCAUGGAAAUGGAGAUUCGGCCGAGAACGAAAGACGGAAUUCUCAUAUCGGUUGGAGUUUUGGACUUUUUGACGGUUCAAUUCUUGAAUGGAACACUCAAGUUCACCGUUGAUAGUGGACGAGGUCCCGAAGCGGUGUUGUUCCCGACGAGCGCCACCAAUGAUCUUUGCGAUGGGCAGUGGCAUCAUUUGAAGAUCACCAAGAAGAAGAAGCUGUUGACGUUGACUGUGAAUGGUAAAGCGAAUCUGGAAAUAAUGAAGAGCUACCAGAUCGAUGACGAGAUUUCGACGAAAGACCCGUUGUACUUGGGUGGUGUUCCCGAUGGUGUGACGAACAAGGGUCUCGAAACGCGAAAGUCGUUUGUCGGAUGCGUGCGACUGUUGAGUUUCGGAUUCAAGAACAACCGCAAGAUUCGACGCAGGAAGCAUGUCGACGUGAAGAACUUUGACAUUUUCGGCGACGUUCGCCGAAACGAGUGUCCAGCGAUUUAA